AUGCCGCGCGAACCGCGGGAGGUACAUCAUGUCGACGACUUUCGACGACUGGCGGCCGAAAAUGACUCCAGCGACGUCGCCAGCUCUCGCUCGGACGACGGCGGCGACAUCGCCUGCGACGCAUCCACGCCCACGGGCGACGUCGAGGCGGGCGGCGUGCGAGUUCGCACGGUGGAUCACAACGCGCGGCGCGAGACGGACUACGUGAUCGUCGUUCACGGCACGUUCGACGCGCCGCCCGCGGACGGCGCGCGCACGUGGUACCAGCCGCCCGCGCCCGGGGAGCAGAACUUCUGCGCCAAGAUGGGCGCGCUGCUGGCGCGCGGACCCAUCGGCGCGGGGAGCGUGUGGCGGGAAAUACUGCGCGUGACGGAUCCUCAAGGGGCAACGUCGCAGAGAGCUGCGUCGCAGGGGGCAGAGUCGCAGGGAGCAGAGUCGCAGAGAUCUGAGGCGAACGGGAGCGAGUCGCAGAGGGCACAGUCGCAGGGAGGUGCGGUGUCGCAAAGUGGGGGAUCAUGGGAGGCGGCGUCGCAGGAGGGGAGAUCAUGGCAGCGCAUGAUGGACGGCGACGUGCCUUACCCGUUCUUCUGGGACGGCAGCAACACACAUGAAGGGCGCGUGAAGGCUGCAGAAAAGCGUAAAGGCGGCAGAAUAAGUGAGGCAGCAGAGGAGGUAGGGCAGAGAAAUGGGAGGCAGGGGAGGAGGUAA